AAAAAGAGAUCAUGAAGCUCUAUAUAAAGAAACUAUUUGCCGUAAAUGUCUAAAAGAAUCUGAGACCUUCGAACACCUUACAGCAUAUUCAGCAGACCUAAAACUUUGGAGUACCGAAGAGGCUACUAAAGUACAAAAGAUCUGGAGCUUUCUAGAAAAAAAUGAACAAGAUAAAAUAGAAAAACUAUACCUGCAAGGGAAACUGCUAGGAAGUCAUCCUUGA